AUGCCAACAACCAACCCAGAUUCGGUUGCACCGACCGAGACCCAACCUCGUCGGGAGCGAAGACCUUCCGUAGGAGCUCCUAUCGCCGAUCUCCAGGGACCAGUCGGCCCGGGAUUUAGUCGUCCCAAGCACAAGCGCACAUUCACCGGAUUCGGACCUGCCGAGAUUAAGAAUGUUGAAGCUAGCAUUCCUGAGCCACUGCGAGAGGCCUGGAGAAAGCACUCGGCUACUGAAUUCACCAGUAAGGAAGAUUUCGAGAAAUAUUUCGUGCGCCAUGUCGAAACCACUCUCGCUCGCUCGCUUUAUAAUUGCGAUGAGUUGGCCGCGUACUCGGGCACCGCGCUUGCUUUUAGAGACCGGUUGAUCAUCGAGUGGAACAGGACUCAGCAGCGUCAGACAUUCACCGAUCAGAAGCGAGUCUACUAUUUGUCGCUUGAGUUCCUCAUGGGACGUACUUUGGACAAUGCCAUGCUGAAUGUUGGCUUGAAGGAUGUUGCUCGAGAUGGAUUGAGCGAUCUUGGGUUCCGCAUCGAGGACGUCAUCAACCAGGAGCACGAUGCAGCGUUGGGCAACGGCGGUCUGGGACGUCUAGCGGCGUGCUUUAUGGACAGUAUGGCCACGCUGAACUACCCAGCCUGGGGGUACGGCCUGCGAUACCGCUAUGGUAUCUUCAAGCAGGAGAUUAUCAACGGCUACCAGGUGGAGAUUCCAGACUACUGGCUGGAUAACAACCCUUGGGAAUUCCCGCGACACGAAAUCACAGUCGACAUCCAGUUCUACGGUAACGUCAAAAAAUACCAGGACGAGAAUGGCAGGAUCUUGAACUCGUGGGAGGAUGGUGAGAUUGUUCAAGCCAUCGCGUACGAUGUCCCCAUUCCGGGGUACGGCACGAAGACCACCAACAACCUUCGUCUAUGGUCUAGCAAGGCCAGUAGCGGGGAGUUCGACUUCCAGAAGUUCAAUGCUGGAGACUAUGAAAGCGCAGUGGCGGACCAGCAGAGGGCGGAAACAAUCUCCGCUGUUCUAUAUCCCAAUGAUAACCUCGAGCAAGGUAAAGAACUGCGUCUAAAGCAGCAGUACUUCUGGUGUGCUGCCUCGCUGUUUGACAUCGUUCGGCGGUUCAAGAAGACAAAACGGGCCUGGGCCGAGUUCCCUGAUCAAAUCGCCAUCCAGCUUAACGACACCCACCCAACCCUUGCAAUCGUUGAGUUGCAGCGCAUUUUGAUUGAUAUAGAGGGUUUGGAAUGGGAUGAGGCGUGGAGUAUCGUGACAAAGACAUUUGGAUAUACUAAUCACACUGUCCUUCCCGAAGCGCUGGAGAAAUGGUCUGUCCCACUAAUGCAGAACCUGCUUCCGCGACACUUGCAAAUUAUCUACGAGGUGAAUCUGUUCUUCCUGCAAUCUGUUGAAAAGCGAUUCCCCAAUGAUCGGGAUAUCCUGUCGCGUGUCUCUAUCAUUGAAGAGUCGCAUCCAAAGAUGGUGCGCAUGGCCUAUCUGGCCAUCAUUGGUUCUCACAAAGUCAACGGUGUGGCCGAGCUGCAUUCAGACCUGCUCAAGAGCACUCUCUUCAAAGACUUUGUGAAGAUUUACGGACCGGACCGUUUCACCAAUGUUACCAAUGGUAUCACCCCGAGACGCUGGCUCCACCAGGCCAACCCCAGGUUGUCUGCAUUGAUUGCAGAGAAGCUUGGAGGUUAUGACUUCUUGAAGGACCUCACGCUUCUUGACAAGAUAGAAGUCUUUGUCGACGACAAAGCCUUCCGCGAGGAGUGGGCGGUCAUCAAGCGGGAGAACAAACUCCGCCUAGCCAGACACAUCAAGGCCACCACAGGAUACGAUGUUAAUCCCAAUGCCCUCUUUGAUGUGCAGGUAAAGCGUAUCCAUGAGUACAAGCGCCAGCAGCUGAACAUCUUUGGAGUCAUCCACCGCUACUUGAGCAUCAAAGCCAUGUCAGCCGAAGAGAAGAAAAGGUGGUGCCUCGGGUUUCCAUUUUCGGAGGCAAGGCAGCCCCUGGACCCGGAGGUUGGCGACCUUUUGAAGGUUAUCUUCAUCGCGGAUUACAACGUCAGCAAGGCGGAGAUUAUCUGUCCUGCUUCGGAUAUCAGCGAGCACAUCUCAACUGCCGGCACCGAAGGCAGUGGCACGAGUAACAUGAAGUUCGUCCUGAACGGCGGUCUGAUCAUCGGCACCUGCGAUGGAGCCAACAUCGAAAUCACCCGCGAAAUCGGCGAGCAGAACAUCUUCCUCUUCGGCAAUCUCGCCGAAGACGUCGAGGACCUGCGCCACCGACACUUCUACGGGGGCUUCAAGCUGGACCCACAGCUGGAGCGUGUCUUCGACGCAAUCAAAGACAACAUGUUCGGCGACAAGACCGACUUCUCUGCGCUCACAAGCUCCAUCGAAGAGCACGGUGACUACUACCUCGUCUCGGACGAUUUCAACUCCUACAUCACCACGCACGAGAUGGUCGACGAGGCCUUCCAGAAUCAGGAGGAGUGGCUGGCCAAGUCGAUUACCUCUGUCGCGCGCAUGGGAUUCUUCUCUAUGGAUCGUGUUACUAAUGAGUACGCUGAUAGUAUCUGGAAUGUCGAGCCUCUGGAUGUUACGGACUAA